GCGUCUUGCACGUGACGAACGCGCUCCCUAAAAAAGGCUAGCGCGACGCGCGUGAACGCGAACCACCCAAGGGCUUCAGCAACCGACGGAACCAAAACACAACCUGCAUCAAGGAUGCUCUCCACUAAGCAAGUGCCCACCCGCCAGGCCAUUACACUCAAGGGUUCGACCAAUCUUGUCACUGAGUUCUUCAAAUACGCCGCGAACACUAUAUUGUUCCAGCGUGGAGUGUAUCCUGCCGAUGACUUCCAUAUGGUGAAAAAAUAUGGUCAGACUGUGCUUGUGACGCAAGAUCUUGCGCUAGAGAAUUAUCUUGACAAAAUUCUUAAACAAGUUAACAAAUGGCUCCUUACUGGCUCCGUGACACAACUCGUGCUCGCCAUCAUUGCCAAAGACUCCAGGACCACGCUGGAACGCUGGGUGUUUGAUAUCAAUGUAGUGGAACAACCAUCAAACGCGAUUGGACCUGCUCCUGCCAAACCUGAAUCAGAAAUCCAGGCCGAAAUCCGCAAUAUUCUAAAGCAGAUCGUCUCCACUGUCACAUUUCUGCCUGUCAUCGACGAACCGACCGUUUUCAACAUCCUUGCAUACACGCACGAGUCAGCAGACGUCCCCGCAGACGAGUGGGUGGACACGGAUCCUCUGGCUAUUGAAGCGAGCAAGAGCCAGCAGGUAAAGCUAAGAAGUUUCAACACGGACGUGCAUCGGAUCGAGGCGAUGGUGGCCUAUCGAUAUGAAGGGUGAGGCGGUGGGCUGCAUGCGAUUAUCUGACAAGACCGGUCAGUGAUAUGCUAUUUCUGGAUUGACUCCUGUAUGAGUGUAUUAUUAGUUGGACCUGCUCUUGCAGUAUAUGGGUCAUGAUAAGCUCGGUAUCGAAGGAAGUGGCGGGUGAGGUAGUGCCUCCCCAUCCC